ACUUCACCGCCGCCCGCAGGCGACCCGUCGAUUAUGAGCAGAGAAUUCUACGUACCCUGCACACCUUACGUCUAUCAGCAGUGCGGCAGCGGCGGUAGCGACGGUAGCGGCGGCGUUUCGACGGAGGGUGUCGUGGUGAACGUCGGUGCCAGUAACGGCGUCGGCAGCGGUGGCGGUGGCGGCGGCAGUGGCAGCGGUGUCGGCGUCGGUGGCAUGGACUGCAUGCCCUUGCGCCCCGGUCCGUUCCACUACCUUAUCAGCGAGCAAGCCAAGUCCCUGGUGGCCCUGCAGGAAUUGCAGAAUGAGGUCGGCGCUCUGCUCGAGUUCCGGGACCUCGUCAUCGAGACGUUCCCAAACCUCCGGCACAAGAUGGCCGCGACGGCGUCCGCGGGUGCGUCCGUGAUGUCGUCCACAUGUACCCAGAGCUCGCACAUCCCGCUGCCGCUGUCGAGCCCGUCCUCGCGGAGGAUCAGCGAAUGGGAGCCCGGCAAGAUAAGGCGACGAGUGACCCGCGAGAGUAGCGGCGGCGGCAGCGGCGGGGGCAGCGGUGGAAACGGUAGCGGGGGCGGCGGUGAAUCCUCGUCUUCGUUGCCUAGAAGCCGCAGCAACUCCCACAGCGGCGGUACCAAGAACAACUGCAGCGCUACGGUCCAGGACUCUGGUUUCAGCACAGAGACCUCGUCGAAGGACAGCGCUUCGACGGCGAUCGCGCCGCGAGCGAGCAGCCCCCGGCCGAACGCGUUGGACGAGGCGGAGGAUGAGCUCUGGAACCUGCUGGACGUGAUCCACCGCAAGGGAAUUCGGCUGCGGGAGGAGGUCGAGUGCCUUCAGGGUCGCCUGGAGAGCGUGACGACGGAGGAGCUGAUAUCGACCGAUGUGCUCGAGACUGUGAGGAGGGUCACCGGUCUCGGUGAUGCCGACAGGACGAUCGAUAGCUGCAAUGUCGUUGAUGACGGGAAUGUCGAUCAGCGGCAACAGGAUAGCAGAGAUCCGCAAGUGAUAGCUCUCAGGCGAGAGAAGGAGCAGCUAUUGGACAAAGUUGCCGAACUUGAGGCGGAGACGAUAUCUAGUCGCGCCCGGGCUCAGGAACUGCAGACGGAAUUGGCCGCUCUGUCGGCGCUGAAGACCGGUCUGGAGGAUCGGUUGCGGGCUGGACUGAUCGAGAGCACCUCGGAGAUUUUGGCACCGGGCGUUCAAAGACUGCAACCCAUCGCGCCGGUGAUUUCCUCGCCGAAGAACGCCAAUGUCACUAGUAUCAAGAGCAAGGGUUCGGCGUUCGCGUCCGUCACCGGUAGUCCUGGAAGUAAGGCUCACAAGAGUCGCUUUCGCACGAGGACGAUCGAGAAGAAUAUAUUGCUGGACGUUGUCGGGCGCGGUGACGAGACGACGCGCCAUGUCGACAUCGACGUUGAGGCGAACGUGAAUGAGAGGCGAGCCAGGCUGGGAGCGCUCGAUUCCAUCCUGGUCUCGCCCACCAGGGUGACUCACGUGAAAGAUGUAGACUCAAGGAAGAUUGCGGCCAUUCUUCGCGAGCACUCGCCCCUCGAGCUUCAGCGACACCUAAUUACUACUACCGUCCAUAAUCAGGUCCUACAAAAAAGGCUAGACGAAGUGAAGAAAAGUACGGAAACUCUUUCGGAACGACUCGAUAAAGCGCGCGAGGAGAACGACGAUUUGCGUUUCCAGUUGGAGGAACGAAAUAUCGAAUUGGAAGGCACACGGGCGCGAGUGCGCGUGUUGGAACGCCUUCAGCAACGACCGCCGACGGAAGCCGAGUCCGAGGCGGAUUUGGAACAGCCCAGGUGUGAACAAAGCGGCCUUGAGCCCGGUAGUAGUACGGAGUCCGCGCGGGAUCAUCAUCAGCCGGUAGAGAUCAAACCGUCGCCGCGGCGGCGUCCUAGUCGUAUACCUUUACCAGGCAACGUGAGCGGCAAGACAACGACGACGCCCACAGCGAGCGUGAAUGCAAUGACACCUGCGCGACCGCCCAGUCACGGCAGGAACGACAGCAGGGAAUCGCUCAAGUCGCUAACAAGACCGCCGCGUGAUUCUAGUCGCGACAGCCAUGGCGGCGGCAAAUCGUUGUCGAAACCGCGCGAUUCCAGCCGGGACUCAUUGAGCAAUAAGAGUCUGUCCAAGAACUGCGGUAACGGAAGCAGCAACAAUAGCGUCAGCGGUGGUGGCGUCGGCAAGGAAACAAAUCGGGAGUCGUCCUUGAACAAUCGGUCCUUGCCGCGUAACAAUUCCAGCCGAGACUCCUUAAACAAAUCCUCCUCGCUGUCCCGCGCCCGUGACUCGUUGGAGUCUAACAACAACCUCGGCACGUCCUCGCCCAUCACGGGAACGACUAACGCUCCUCCUAGGCGACCGCCCGCUCCCGCACGUCGUUCCCACAGCCUGGCGCGCGCAGCGACGUCCGUCGAUGCGUCCGAGAACGGCAAGAGCUGCAACGAACCACCGAGUUCCUGGUGUUCGACCAACAGCAGUUUUCGGCACAGCGACUCGUCUCUCUAUCCGGAUUCUUUAAAUCAAGAGACAUCGUCCAUCACCGGUUCUACGCGGGUAGAAUUCAUAAUCGGCUCGCCCACCAGGCGUUUCCGCAUGAAUUCCGCUUGGCCUCACCGCUAUUUCGACAGCAUCGACUCGGCGGCUACGGUGCCAGAAAGCCUGCUAACCGACGAGUUCCCUCUGCGACGCGGCGAAGCUCUAGCUGAGUGCGACUCGCUCGAGUGCCAUCCGAUUUCGAGCGAGGAUUAAUACGCCGAUCGUCGACGUUAAUGCGAAGCUAGUCGCAAAAAUGGCGAGUCGCGUAGAGUGAAUUACUUGCUCUUGCUUCUUUCCAUUAUUUUACACCGUAUCACUGGCUCUGCUUCUUAACGCGGCCUUAUUCGCAUUGCGUCAUACGACGCGUGUGUGAAUGUAUAAAUAAUAGAAUUCUAGACACGUGAAACGUAUUCGUUUUAGAAGAUAUAAUGCGCUGAAGGAGUGACACUCGCGUUCUCAAUGACCCUUAUUCUGUGCCUUUUUAAUAUUGAAUGUUUUCAUUUUUUAUUUGUUUGAGAAUCACAUCUUCUUGGUGAUUCUAAGCGGACAGAAAUUCAACGAUUCUAAACUGAAGUAUACCAAUACCAUUUUCCAUGCAGAAACUUACUAUGUACUUCCCUCGAGUUGCAUUUAAAGAGCAUUUCAUACACCUUUACAACACGACGUAGGUUUUUUAGCAAUCAAUUUUGCUAUCUAAUCAAAAAUAAAAAUGACACAUUGACUUGCAUCGCGAACUUAUAUUGUUUUAUAAUGGGUAUAAUUGAUGUAAUCGAUAAAAGUAAUUGUAUCAAGAAAUACAAGUUAUUAUUUUCAUUGACAAUAUAAGUAUGGAAGUAUAAGUAUGAUUAAAUUAUAUAAAUGUUUAUUUACGAAGUAAAAGAAAAA